GUUACGGUAUGCAGUUUAGCAGGUUUUCGAAAAUCCCGACUGUGAGAUGGUUGGUCCGUUCCAUCGUUUGUCAUAUUUUAAGAAGACUCUUAGCUUGAGUUCUGAAAGUGCGGUUAGGUGUCUACACCACGCGCGAGUCAGAGUAGCGAAUCCAGUUGUUGAUUUGGAUGGGGACGAAAUGACUCAUAUAAUCUGGGAUAAAAUCAAAUCCACUGUAACUAAAAAUGAUAUUUAUCGGAUAUAUAGUAGCUUAUAUUUCCAUUCGUAGACGUUGAGUGUAAAUAUUAUGACUUGGGACUUCCCAAUCGUGACCGAACUAAUGAUCAAGUGACGAUUGAUGCCGCACAUGCUAUUAAACAGUAUAAUGUGGGGAUCAAGUGUGCGACCAUAACUCCUGAUGAAGAGCGCGUCAAGGGUUUGUAAUUUCGGAUCAUCGGUGAUUUUCAGAGUUCAAUUUAAAAAAGAUGUGGCUGUCUCCAAAUGGGACUAUUCGUAAUAUCCUUGGUGGUACUGUUUUCCGCGAACCUAUUUUAUGUUCAAACGUUCCUCGACUUGUUCCUGGGUGGACAAAACCGAUUGUUAUUGGUCGUCAUGCACAUGGAGAUCAAUACAAAGCUACAGAUAUGGUCAUUAAAGAACAAGGUGUUUUGGAACUUGUAUUUACACCCAAAUCGUCCGGACUUGAAAAACGUGUGAAAGUUUUCGAAUUCAACGGAGGUGGAAUAGGCCUUAGUAUGUACAAUACAGAUGAAAGUAUUUAUGGUUUUGCACGUAGCUGUUUUGAAUAUGCAUUAAAUAAAAAUUGGCCUUUAUAUUUAAGUACUAAAAACACUAUCUUGAAGCAAUAUGAUGGUAGAUUCAAAGAUAUAUUUCAAGAGGUAUAUAACCAGGAUUAUCAAAAGAAGUUUGAAAAUAAUAAAAUCUGGUAUGAACAUCGAUUAAUUGAUGAUAUGGUGGCACAAACACUUAAAUCAGAUGGUGGUUUCGUUUGGGCUUGUAAAAAUUAUGAUGGUGAUGUUCAAAGUGAUGUCAUUGCUCAGGGUUAUGGAUCCUUAGGUCUUAUGACAUCUGUAUUAAUGUGUCCUGAUGGGAAAACUAUUGAAUCUGAAGCAGCUCAUGGAACUGUUACACGUCAUUAUAGAGAGCAUCAAAAAGGUUUUCCAACUAGUACAAAUCCAAUUGCUUGUAUAUUUGCAUGGACUAGAGGUUUGGAACAUAGAGGCAAAUUAGAUGGAAAUAAUCAAUUAAUUGAAUUCUGUCAUCAUCUAGAAAAAGCUUGUAUUGAUACUGUAGAAUCAGGUAAAAUGACAAAAGAUUUAGCUAUUUGUAUCCAUGGUAGUAAAAAUGUUAAAUUAGAACAUUAUUUAACAACUAUGGACUUUCUAGAUGCAAUUGUUGAUCGAUUUAAACAAAUCAAUUUGAAAUAGUGUACUUAUUUACUUGUUUCUUUCCUUCCCUCCUCUCCCUUAUGUUUAAUGACAACAUUUAUCAAUGUGUGAAAAAUUUUUUUUGUUGAAAAAAUUCUUAUUAAUUUUUGACUGUUUAAUACUAUUGAUAAGUUUGUACUUCAUUAUUUGUUUUUUUUUGUAAUUCAUGUCACAUAAAGAAUAUUUUUAUCAUCUCAAAAGUUAUAUAAAUCUGCUUUUUAUUGUGACGGGUGGUAGUGUCCAAAAUCAGAUAUUGAUACACGUUGUACUAUGUGUCAA